GCUCUGCGCCUCCUACUCCUGCUGCUCCUGGCCGUGGCCCUGCCUGCCAGGGCUGCCCAGGCUGCUCCGCUGCAAGCGCGGCGAGCAGACUGGAAUCGUGACAUGGGUUCUCGGGAAAUCCUGAUGAAUGAUGGUUUGAAGUUCCUGGAGGAUGCUGGAGCUGAACAUGCUGGUGAAGGCCCCACAUCCAGGACUGAGGCUCUGGGAGAUGCUGAGGGUGUGUCUGUGGGGAGGACUUUUCCAGCUCCAGGGGUGGAUGCUUGGCCCCAACCCAGCUCCCAUGGCAGGGGGAAGAUCCAAGACACAAGAGACAAGAUAUCCCUGGAACCACCCAAAGAGACGAAGCAAGAGCUGAAGGAAAUACGGCAGAGAGGACAAGAGAUUGACAUAGAGCUUCAGUGGAAGGUGGCAAUUCCUGAAGGAAGCACUCCAUCUUCAGUGCGAGCCCCUGCUGCAGGAAGGAAGGCAAUGCCAGACACGGGCACAGGCACAGCAGACUGGGAGGCUGGGAAGGAUUCUCCAUUAGCCUGGCGCUCUGAAGUUGUGAAGCCCUCCGAGCAUUCUGCAGCCGUGUCUGAAGGGACAACUCCACCAACUCCUACCUUGGAUGCUGCACAUAAGCCCAGCUCCCAUCACAGGGGUCCUCCGACAGGAGAGACCAAAGUUAUGGCAGACAAGAAAUUCCAGGACCCAUUAGAAAUCAUGUGGCAAAUGCUGAAGGAACGUCUGCAGAGAAGACAAGAAAUGAAAGGAGAGCCUGUGCAGAAGGAAGCAUUUCCCAGAGGAAGCAGUGGUUCUGUGCCAGCCUCUGCUGCAGGAAGGGAGGCCAUGCCAGGCACAGGCACAGGAGAUGAGGUUGCUGGGAAGGCUUCUCCAUCAGCUUGGAUGAAUAAAGUUUUGAAGCCCUUGGAGCCUCCUGCAGAUGUGUCUACAGGGAGGACUUCUCCAGCUUCUCCAGCUCCUACCUUGGAUGUUAUACGCAAGGCCAGCUCCCAUGACAGGGGUACUCCAACAGGGAAAGUCCAAGAUACAACAGAUAAGAUGUCCCUGCAACCAUCCAAACAGAUGAGGCAAGAGCUGAAGGAGCCCCUGCAGACAAGAGAAGAGAUGGACAUAGUGCUUCAGUGGAAGCUGGCAUUUCUUGAAGGAAGCACUCCAUCUUCGGUGCCAGCCCCUGCUGCAGGAAGGAAGGCAAUGCCAGACACGGGCACAGGCACAGCAGACUGGGAUGCUGGGAAGGAUUCUCCAUUAGCCUGGCGCUCUGAAGUUGUGAAGCCCUCCGAGCAUUCUGCAGCCGUGUCUGAAGGGACAACUCCACCAACUCCUACCUUGGAUGCUGCACAUAAGCCCAGCUCCCAUGGCAGGGGUCCUCCGACAGGAGAGACCAAAGAUAUGGCAGACAAGAAAUUCCAGGACCCAUUAGAAAUCAUGUGGCAAAUGCUGACGGAACGUCUGCAGAGAAGACAAGAAAUGAAAGGAGAGCCUGUGCAGAAGGAAGCAUUUCCCAGAGGAAGCAGUGGUUCUGUGCCAGCCUCUGCUGCAGGAAGGGAGGCCAUGCCAGGCACAGGCACAGGAGAUGAGGUUGCUGGGAAGGCUUCUCCAUCAGCUUGGAUGAAUAAAGUUUUGAAGCCCUUGGAGCCUCCUGCAGAUGUGUCUACAGGGAGGACUUCUCCAGCUUCUCCAGCUCCUACCUUGGAUGUUAUACGCAAGGCCAGCUCCCAUGACAGGGGUACUCCAACAGGGAAAGUCCAAGAUACAACAGAUAAGAUGUCCCUGCAACCAUCCAAACAGAUGAGGCAAGAGCUGAAGGAGGCCCUGCAGACAAGAGAAGAGAUGGACAUAGUGCUUCAGUGGAAGCUGGCAUUUCUUGAAGGAAGCACUCCAUCUUCGGUGCCAGCCCCUGCUGCAGGAAGGAAGGCAAUGCCAGACACGGGCACAGGCACAGCAGACUGGGAUGAUGGGAAGGAUUCUCCAUUAGCCUGGCGCUCUGAAGUUGUGAAGCCCUCCGAGCAUUCUGCAGGCGUGUCUGCAGAGACGCCUUCACCAACUCCUACCUUGGAUGCUGCACAUAAUCCCAGCUCCCAUGGCAGGGGUCCUACGACAGGAGAGACCAAAGACAUGGCAGGCAAGAAAUUCCAGGACCCAUUAGAAGUCAUGUGGCAAAUGCUGAAGGAAUGUCUGCAGAGAAGGCAAGAAAUGAAAGGAGAGCCUGUGCAGAAGGAAGCAUUUCCCAGAGGAAGCAGUGGUUCUGUGCCAGCCUCUGCUGCAGGAAGGGAGGCCAUGCCAGGCACAGGCACAGGAGCUGAACCUGCCGGUGAAGGCCCCACAUCCAGGACUGAGGCUCUGGGAGAUGCUGAGGUUUCAGGUGUGUCUGCAGGGAGGACUUCUCCAACUCCAGGGCUGGAUGCUUGGCCCCAACCCAGCUCCCAUGGCAGGGUUCCUCCAAAAGGGAAGACCCAAGAUACUGCAGCUAAAAAGUCUCAUGAGGCAGAUGAAUUCCUGACAGAAACACAGAAGGAAGCACCCGGAGGACAAGUGAUGGACCAAAAGGCUCUGCAGGAGGAGGAACACCCAGGGAGAAGCAGUGGCUCAUUGGAAGCCCCAGCUGCAGGAAGGAAGGCGAUGCCAGACACGGGCACAGGCACAGCAGAUGCAGCCGGCACCACAAGACCUGUUCCCAAUGCCCAGGAUGGCCUCGGAAGGGGUUUCUGUCAGGGAACAGGCUGCUGGCUAGGGUUUCUGGCAGGCAUGUUUUAUUUGGAGCUUGUCUUCAUCUUGUGCUGCAUUGGAAUCUGGUAUUCCUGGAACAGAAAACAGAGUACCUCGGGACAGGAGUUGGAAGACGGUGGCUGCACCUCACACCCAGACAGCGCGAGCAGCUCCUCCAGCAGCAGGAACGGCCUGGACAGCCCUCUCAAAUCUUCUGUGAAGAGGACCCCAGAACAACAGUCUACGAGGGAACCUCCUUUUACCCUGUAGAUCCCACUGCCACCUGCUCUCCCCAUGGGCCUCCCCAAGCUGUCUUCAUCCCUUUUUUUAUCUUUGUCUGUCCCAUCCCAGCCAACUCAAGUACCUCUAGGGACCUCAGGACCAGCCCAGCACCCUCCAGCCCUUCCUGAGACCAACACAUCCCUCCCUCUGCCCCUGAGCCCCCUGGCCUUGCCCUCUAGGAAUCACUGAAGGUGACACC